AUGGUUGCGCGAGAAAUUUUUCUGAUGUUUGCUCCCGGCCAAUGGGAGGCGGCCAAGCCGCAUGGGGCGGGAGAAGAAGGCACAGCGACACGUGUGCCAGUGGUGUCCUGCCCCCGUGCCCGUUCUUCUGAAUGCCUCGACUGGCUCGACACCCAGGAGCCAGACUCAGUCCUCUAUGUCGCAUUCGGCAGCAGCAUAGCGAAGCUUUCGCAGGAGGAAUUCGAGGAGCUCGCGCUCGGUUUGGAGGCGAGCAAGGUGCCGUUCUUGCUCACAGUCAGGCCGCCCCAGUUCGUGGACGAGGGCGACACGACAGUCCUGGUGAAGAACAGUGACUUCUACAAGAACUUCGUCGAGCGGACCAAGGGACGAGACCUGGUGGUUUCAUGGGCGCCGCAGAGAGAAGUUCUGGCGCACAGGGCAGUGGCUGGAUUCGUGAGCCACUGCGGAUGGAACUCGGUCCUGGAGAGCGUCUCCAGCGGCGUGCCGAUCAUCUGCUGGCCUCGGAUAUACGAGGAGGGGCUCAACCGCAAGAUCAUGGCGGAGAGGUGCCGCAUCGGGGUGGAAGUUUCGGACGGGAGGAGCUCCGACGUGUUUGUGAAGCGGGAGGAGAUUGCUGAGGCCAUUGCGAGGAUCUUUAGCGACAAAGCUCGAAAGGCGAGAGCGAGGGAAUUCAGGGACCAAUGGGAGGCGGCCAAGCCGCGUGGGGCGGGAGAAGAAGGCACAGCGACACGUGUGCCAGUGUGGCAAUCGCAGCAAUUGUGCUUCUUCCUGCAAAGGUCUGUGUUCACAGUCAGCCCAGCAGCCGCUAAUUUGGCCCCCAACCCCAACAAUCUGGAUUUUUGUGUGCUGUGA